CCCUCUUACGAUAUUCAUGUGACUUAGAACUCGCACUAUUAUAAAAACGAAAACACGCAUUUCAUUCGCAUUUCAUUUGAUUGUCACAGUUUCCUGUGCUUCGCAAAGUGCUAAAGAAGUCAGUGUGAAUCUUCAGUCCACGCCCAUAGAAUUUCACGGAGCUGCAAUGCUGAAGUACGCAUGCCCUAUCAUUGUUCUGCUGGUGCUUGUUAUAAAAGAAGUUGAAAGUGCCUGUCCUCCAGAAACACAGUGUUUUGGAAAUGGGGACUACAACCCGGCAACUCAGAGUUGUCACUGUUACCCAAGAAGGCGGGUAGGGCAAUAUACAGGAGAAUGCUGCGAAAGUGUUGGCUGUAAGCCAAAUGCAACUUGUAAACACGGAUAUUGCGGAGCUGAUGGCCUAACAUGUUCCCGUUGCCUCACGGGAUGGAAUGGAACCAACUGCGAAAAAGUGGAGUCAUGUUUCCCUUGGUUUUCCUGCAAGCAUGGCUCUUGUAUCAAGUCCCGGAUGAAGUGUGAAUGUGAACCUGGCUGGGUGGGUGACCUGUGCGAUCGCUCGUUGUGUUCAGUGAACUGUACUUAUGGCGCAUGCCCAAAUGAUCCCAAAAAGUGCGAAUGCUAUGAGAACUUCCUGAGCCCCGAAACAGGAUGUGACAGAUCUUACUGUGCACAAGGAUGGGAGUGCCAAAAUGGAGGCUACUGUAUCGACCUUAAUCACUGCGUCUGCCCACCACACUAUUCAGGUCUGCACUGUGAAACGAUCAGCGAGUGUAGCGUAACUUGUCCACACGGAAGAUGUACCCAUCGUCCUGACGUCUGCGAAUGUGAGACUAACUGGGGACCAGAAGGACAGUGUACCACGUACACAGGACUUUGUGUUAACUGCAGCUCCGUUGGAGGAACAUGUGAGGAGGGCCCUAACACGUGCAAGUGCAAACCAGGAUAUAUGGGUCCACAAUGUGCUGACCUGAUGUGCGACGGCUGCGAACACGGAUCAUGUAAACAUACAAAGACGGGGAAGCAGUGCACCUGCGACCUUGGUUGGAGCAACCAAGUGCAUGUCCCUGGCUUUGAUCUUCACUAUGGACCCUGCACCAUCAUCACCUAUUGCACUGAACCUUGUGUGCACGGCACGUGUCCAAAUGAUCCCUACAAAUGCGAAUGCAACUCUCCUUAUGUGGGUACAGAAUGCGAUGUUAUUAAGUGCCCAAAGUGUUGUCCACCACAAACGUGUGACUGCUCUGAUCUCGCCAACAUACAUUGCCUCCCAAGAUGGCAUCAUGACUGCUGCCUGCUCAAGUCAUGUUUCAGGGGAGACACCUUGGUACACACAGCCAAUGGAUUGGUACCAAUCGAAGAAAUAAAGGAAGGAGACAUGGUAAUGACCCGUCACGAGGGCGAUGACCCUUCGGUGACACACCUGCGUCGUGUCGACCAAGUUCGGAAGCGACUCGUACCUGCACGAGACCUAGUCGUGUUCCGAAUGAACGGCGAAGACAUUUGGGUCACUCCCGACCACCAGUUCUUCGAAGUCGGAAAAAGAUCGUGGAUAAGUGCCGGGAUGGUGAAGAAGACACAUUCGCUUCACGCCCUGAAGGGAAAGGCGGUGAAACUUCAGCACCCCGCCGUGACGCCAGUGGAACUCUAUGGAGCAUACGACGACACUGAGCUUGUACCUGUCUAUGAUCUAUCUGUGGAUGAGUACGAUCGAUAUUCUGUCGGAAAGGAAGGGCUUCUUGCCGCCUCGUGUAAUCACUCGGACGAUAUGUUAAACCGAGACAAACAGGUCUGGGGUGAAGCAGCGCAUCCAAAAUUCCUCAACAGCAUCAAAGAGGAGGGAAAGGAAUCUGUCACUUUGGACGGUUCAGACGAAGAAAACUUUGAACCAGACAACUCUGGCUCUGACCUCUCAACUCUGUCAGCCAUCGUUGGUGUCCUUGCCACCAUAUGCUUGUUGCUUAUUAUCGUUGCCAUUGCAACGAUCUACCGUAAGAAGAAACAACGUAGCAACGAGUUUGAGUGCCUGGUAACUCGCACAUAAACUUAUCGCAUGG